GGCUGAGAGGGAUGGUGAGUGGGAGAGAAAAGUUAUGGUGAGGGAGACAAGGACGCUGCUGCUCCUCAUCUCUCUCUCUCUCCUCACACUGCUCUUACACCUCAUACACAUAUACUCUCUUCAUCUGUAGUGACGUGACGCCUGUAUGGAGACCACGGAAUAGCUGUCACUACAUCAUUAAGAUUGUGGGUAAUACAGUAUGAUGCAUUAUUUGCUAAUAGCAUCAAAAUCUGGCAACAUACAAUUCUCACAUUACUUCACUUACAUCACUCCAUCUAGUCGGACACCAAUAGAAGCCAGAGUCAUCACCAAGUGCUUAGGUGCAGAAAAAGAUGCAUGUCACUUCCUGGAAGAUGGAGACCAUACGCUCAUCUUCCGUUGGUUUGGUCCAUGUCUCUUCAUUGUAGCUGCUGACCACACUGAGAAUGAAAUAAUGAUUUAUGAAUUUCUUAGUUUAUAUGUUGGUGCACUCCAUAGGUAUUUUGGAAAAUUUUCUGAGAGACAUGUUCUCUUGAAUAUAGAUAGGCUUCAUAUGGUUCUUGAAGAAAUGGUUGUUGGAGGUGAAUUAGUAGAAUCUUCUAUUAGAAAUGCAUUAACUCCCAUUCAGGUGCUUGACACAGUUUCGUCUAGAUAAUAAGAACCAUAAUUGUAUGUUUUUAUAUGAAGAUAAUGUCAAUAAGGCAUGAUAUAGUACUGUACAUAGAAAAAAUGUUUUGUUUAUAGUAUAUAUAUUUACGAAAGAUUUACAAUAAUGUUAGUAGAAUUCCCUUACAUAAAAGAACAUAAGAUUUGUGUAAAAAUCAUAUAAUAAGUGUGUAUUCUUUUAUGUAGGUUUUCUUCUUUUAUAUUGGUUUUAUAUGCAAAACACUUGACAUAAAAGUUAGUGUACUGUAUUUUAAUGUCAGAAAUGUUCUGGCAUUAAAUAUGUACUUUAUGUGCUUGGUUUUUCAUUAUUGUACCAGUUUCUUGAUUAUGGGAUUUAAUAAAGGCUUAAAUUAAGCCUUUUUAAUAUGUAAUUAAUGAUUAAUAAUAUAUAUUUAUUCAAUAAAA